AUGGUUUUAAUAAACUCUCUUUUAGAAUGUAAUUCAGGUGAUUUAGUUAUAAAAAGAAUUAUGAGAACUCUCCCUUUAGCAACACUUAAGAAUAAUAUUUCGCUUAUUUAUAAAAGAUAUACAGAAUAAUAUGGAAAUACUUAUGCAAUUGAAAGUUUAGGUCAUUAUUUAUAAGAACCUCAGUAAAAAGCAUAAUUUUAAUUACCUUAUUUUUAACUUAUUAGUGAAACUGGAUUCUAUAUAUUUUUUUUGAUUUGUUAUUAUAUUGAAUUGCCAAGAAUUUUAUUGAAAACAUAGUAAUAUUUCAUUUUUAAAAUAAAAAAAUAAAAAAAUAUUCAUAAAUAUAUAAAGAGAAUGAAUUAUUUCUAAUAAAGUUUAAUUGGAUAAAUGUGGGAAUUUUUUAAUGAAUUAUUUAAAGUUUUUUAUAAUUAUGCUAAAGAAAUGUUAAUAAAAAAUAACAAAAAAACCGAAUGCAUAGAAACAAUGGAUGAAGUAAUAAAUAAAUAUUUUAAAGAAGCCUUAAAAUUCUUCAAAACGAAUUCCGCUUCUAUCGAAAUUAUCAAAAACGAUUAAAUUUAAAAAGUUCGUUUUAUAAAACUACCUUAUACUCAUUAUUUAGAUAAAGACUAAAAAACUUUAUUUUAAAAUAAAGUAAAAAGGUUCUCCAUAUAUACUAAAUUAUAAGGAUUAAUAGACAGAUAUAAAAAUAUAAUCAUAAAAUGUUAACAUGAAGAAAAAAUAGCUCUUUUUUUCAAAAAUAAUACUUUUUUUAGUAUUUUUGCAAAUUAUGUAAAUUUAUGGAGGGAUGUGGCUUUUAUUUUGACAAUUAUUUUAAAUGUAUUUAUCUUAUUUUCUUAUUCAGAAAACAAUUUUUCCGAAAAAUAAGCUUAAAGCGAAGAAAAAUUAAAAUAGCAACUAUAUUUUAACCGAAUAUACAAUCCAAAUUUAAAAUUAGGUCUAACUAAAAUUGUAACAAUAAAAAAAACAUAAUAAAUAUUCUAUUAUUUGGGCGGAAUAAUGAUCUUUUGUUCAUUAUUUGUAGAAAUAUUUUAUAUAAUAAAGAAAGGUCCUCUAUAUAUGAAAUAAGCUUGGUCAAGUUAUAAAAUAUAUUUAGAAGCUAAAUCAAAUAUAUUUAUAAAAUUAAUAAAAUAUACUUUAAUAAUAUUACUUUCUCUAAUCCGAGUAAUAAUAAAUCCCGAAAUAUUCUAUUAUGCUCUAUAUGGAAUUCUAGCUUUUGCAGCAACUUUCAUUCAUCCAUUUUUUUUCUCUUUUCAUCUCACAGAAAUAAUAAUAAGGUACUCAUCUUUACAAAAAAUAUUAAAAUCAGUAUAUGAAUCUUACAAAUAACUUAUUUUGACAUUUUUCCUAAUUCUUUUAUUUAUUUAUUAUUCCACAUUAUUUGCUUUUAUUGUUUUUAAUGAUUCCUUUGAUGAAAGAUGUAAAGAUCUUCAUUUAUGUUUUUUCUAAUGUUUUGAUGCUGCAUAUAAAGAUCUAGGUGGUUUAGGUAGUUAUUUAGAAAGUGUUAAACCUAAAAUUGGUCCAAGUAUUAGAAAUAUAUAUAUUAAUUUAUAUAUAUAAUAUAAAUAAAAAGAUAAUAGUUAUGAAUUUUCAAGACUUGUAUUUGAAACUACUUGUUAUAUUUCUCUUACUAUUAUUUUACUUAGAGUUAUAUAUGCAAUUAUUGUAGAUAGAUUUAGUAAUAUUAGAGCUAAAGAGAAAAAAAAACUUUCGAUAUUUAAGAAAUAUGUUUUAUUUGUGGACUUUCUAGGUUUAAUUUUAUUUUAAUAAAUAAAAAAAAAAAAUUAAUAAAAAUUUAAAUUUAAAGAGAAUUGUUUGAUAGAAAAAGUCAAUAAGGAUUUAAAUAACAUGUUAAAACAGAACAUUACUUAUGGAAUUAUAUGUUUUAUUUAGGUUAUAUAGAUUCUAAAAAAUAAGAAGAAUACACAGGAAUAGAACAAUAUGUAUAUGAAAAAGUUUAGUAAAGCGAUUUUUCAUGGUUUCCAGUUUAAAGAGCUCUUGCAUUUUCAAAAGAAGAUGCUUAAAAAUAAGAAGAAAUUAAUGAAAUUCAUGAAUUGUAAAAUGAAAUAGAAAAAUUAUAAAGUAAUUUGUGUAAAUUAAAUGAUUAUUCUUACUAUAUUAAUUCUUAAAUAGAAAAAGAUGAAAAUAAUUGAUUAAAUAUAUUUGUAUUUAUUAUCUUUUUCAAAAUAUACAAAUAAAUUACCAAUAUAUAUGUAUUAAAAAAUCUUAUAUUUUUUUUCAAAACAAAAUAUAUUUAAAAAUAAAGUACUAUUAUAAAAUAAUUUAAUCAGGGAUUAAAAUAAAUAUAUUUAAAAUAAAAAUAAUAAAAAAUAUAAUACUUUUUUAAAAUAUAAUUAUGUUAUAAAAAAAUAAAGUAAUAUGAAAAAAUUAUUUUAUAUUUAUAUAAUCAUAAUUUUAAUAGAAAUGAAAAAUCAAAAGAAUAAAAAGAGAUAAAAAAAAAUUAUUUGA